UUGAUAACGGCAGAACGUUGAGUGGAUUCUAGUGUCCCGUUGCACCACCAGCUGAACUUUGUAUACGUUUGACUCCACUUGUCUUCUCUUUCUCUCCACUUGUCCUUCCCUCUCCCUCUCUGUAUUUGCGCCCCAAAUCCCAACCCUCUCCCUCCUGUAUAUAUACACUCAGUAUUUACAUCCCACAACUCACCACUACAGCUACAAAACAAGCUCCCCCCACCCCACCCCUGUCUUCUCUCUUCAUUCCUUCUCACCCCCCCUCUCUCUGUUCCUCCCCUGUUCUGAACCAUCUCUCGCCCAAAUCUCUCUCUCUCUCUCUCCCCCACUCUCUCUAAAUCUCUCCCAAAUCUCUCUCUCUCUCUCUCCCACUCUCUCUAAAUCUCUCCCAAAUCUCUCUCUCUCUCUUUCUCUCUCUCUCUCUCUCUCUCUCUCUCUCUCCCACUGAUAUAUAUUAAGAACGCAGGGGGUCAUUUCUCUUCACACAUGGCUGGUGAUAGUCAAGUUAAUAUCAGCGAAGCGAAGAGAGUUGUUCCAUUGCACACAUGGAUCCUGAUAUCAAAUUUCAAAGUAUCUUACAACAUGCUUCGCCGUCCUGAUGGCACAUUUAAUCGAGAUUUGGCUGAGUAUCUUGAACGCAAAGUCCCUCCCAACGCAGUUCCUGUCAAUGGGGUUUACUCAUUUGAUGUUGUGCAUCGUGCCACAAAUCUUUUGACCCGUGUUUAUCGAUCAGCCCCAAACAAUGAAGCUCCUCCCUAUGGCAUUGUUGAGCUUGAAAACCCCUUGAGCACUACUGAAAUUGUGCCUGUCAUCAUUUUUUAUCAUGGAGGGAGCUUUACUCAUUCCUCGGUCAAUAGUGCAAUUUAUGAUACAUUUUGUCGACGUCUUGUUGGCAUUUGUAAUGCUGUUGUGGUGUCUGUAGACUAUAGGCGAUCGCCUGAACAUCGAUACCCUUGUGCUUAUGAUGAUGGAUGGGAAGCUCUUAAAUGGGUACAUUCAAGAACUUGGCUUAAAAGUGGAAAAGAUUCUAAAGUUCAUGUCUUUUUAGCUGGUGAUAGCUCAGGUGGUAAUAUAGCUCACCAUGUUGCUGUAAGAGCUGCAGAAUCAGGAGUUGAAGUAUUGGGGAAUAUACUACUUCAUCCAUUUUUCGGAGGACAAGAACGAAAGGAAUCCGAGACAAGGUUGGAUGGGAAGUACUUUGUGACAAUUCAAGAUAGGGACUGGUACUGGAGAGCUUAUUUACCAGAAGGCGAGGACAGAGAUCACCCAGCUUGUAAUAUUUUCGGUCCAAGGUCUAAAUCCAUCAAAGGGUUGUCAAAUUUUCCGAAGAGCCUAGUCUGCGUUGCUGGUCUGGAUCUGAUUCAAGAUUGGCAAUUGGCUUACGUCGAAGGCCUUAAGAAAGAAGGGCAAGAGGUAGAGCUUCUCUACUUAAAGGAGGCAACGAUCGGUUUCUAUUUCCUGCCAAAUAAUGACCAUUUCUACAGCCUAAUGGAGAAGAUCAAAAACUUUGUAAAUCCUAACUGUUAGUAUGCUUACUUCUAGCCUUUACAUAACAUAAAGAUCAGUUGCUUAAGUUUACGGCUAUAAUUAUCGAAACCUAUUUCAGAUUAGUAUGUGGGAACAAGAUGUUCAUGUAUGUAAUGUAAAUUUCUAUGAUAUACUAUAAUUUUUACAGACU